AAAGUAGCAGUAUUUGAUACAGCAUCUGAGAAUGGAGAUACAGGGAAAGCAAAGCUGCGUUACUUGUAUGGGGGAAGUAACACAGCUACUAUCUUAAAGAGUUCAAGCUCUGAUCCAGGCCCACUUAUGUGUAGAGAUGUUUUAUUGCCUCCAGCCAAAGAAGGUAUGGGGAUAAUCUCGGUGGCAGAUGUGGUACAGAGUACAACACAGGAACAGACAAUGGGGUGCAUGGAUUCAGAAUUCAGUUUUCCUGCUCAAGCAGGAGAGAUGCAAGAUGAUAAUUUUGAGAUCCCAAAGUUCCACCAGAAGAAAUAA